GGGGAAUGUGCUGCAGACCUCAGAAGCCAUUUUGAGAUGAUGUCCCUGUUGAGAAAGCCUAUGAAGAUGCUGAAAUCAACGAACAUGGUUACAACACUGUCUGUUUCUCCCUCCGUCUCCUCUAUUUCACCAUGGCAGCUGUCAACCGACGGGACAUUAGCAAAGCGGGGGUAUCAAGCUGCGCUCACAGAGUUAAAACGUCAUUGAUAUGAAAGAGGAGAGUGUCUUGUUUACUGUCUCUGUCCAGACAUGUAACACCGUGAGUUUUUUCCAGACUGAAAUCUUCCAGCAUCUCUCACAACCCAACGUCUCAUUGACUGAUUUGAGUUAAUUCACUCUUGUACCGGGAGAGAGAAGGGAGGCAGAUCCGUUUUGCCAAUGGCUUCUGUGAGCCUUGUUUCCAGUCCCCCAGCCCCUGUUCUUGACAAAAACAUGACAGACUCUGAGCUUGCAGGGGAUGAAAGAGAGGACGGAGAAUUGGAAGAUGGAGAAAUAGAUGAUGAGGGGAUCGGAAUUGAAGAGGAAAACAAAGAGGCUGCAGAGGUGAAUGAAGAGAAAGAGAGGGAAAAGGAGAAAGAAAAGGAAAAAGCUAAAGAGAAAGAAGAAAAGACUCACAGGCACUCAAGGAAAAGAUAUAAAAAGACCAGAGAGAAGAGGAGGUCCAAAAGGAGGAGACGUGACAGACAGAAACACCACUCCCCCUCCAGCAGCUCCAGCUCUGACAGCUACGACUCAGACUAUGACCGACCCGAAAGGCCCAAAAACAGAAAGAGCCAGGGAUCCGAUGGCCAGUCUUCUCAGCAUGGACGGGAUUCAAAGGGGGGCCACGGCAAUUCACAGAAGUCCCCGCCGCACAAGAGUAGUGAUUUUGACAAGUACAGCGAUUACAGCGAUGACAAGUAUGACUACGAAGAUGAGGAGGAUGAUUAUGAAGAUGACAUGUCCGAGUACCCGCAGUCAAAAGAUUCUCCAAGUCAGGGAAAGGGACGCCAUGCUAAAGACCAGAUGAAGAGGGGAGGCAUGAGGGGCAUGAAACAACAGCAAUUUGGGCAGAGGGGAAGAGGCAGAGGGAGUGGACCAGGUAGAGGACGAGGGAUGCUCAACAAGAACAAGAAGCUGAAGGGCAAACCCUGGGGAGGACGUGGACGAGGUCGAGGAGGAGACCAGGGCAUGGAAGACAUGACACUGGAAGGGAAAAAUCCCUCCAGUUUUCAGAAGAAACGGCCAAUUAUGAGCAAGGAGUUUAUCAAUCAGCACACAGUUGAACACAAUGGUAGAUACAUUUGCAAGUAUUUCCUGGAAGGUCGAUGCAUCAAGGGGGAACAGUGCAAGUUCGAACAUGAGCUUGUUGUCCCAGAUAAGAAAAAGGAACUCUGUAAAUUCUACCUCCAAGGGUAUUGCAGUAAAGGAGAUAAUUGCAUUUACAUGCACAAUGAAUAUCCAUGCAAGUUCUUUCAUACUGGAGCCAAGUGUUAUCAAGGGGACAACUGCAAAUUCUCCCAUGAGGCUUUGACCGAUGUGACCAAAGAGUUGCUUGAUAAGAUCAUUAACACUGAAGAGGAGAACGCCCGUGAGGAUGAGUUGGAGCUGGAGGAUCUGAGGAAGCAAGGUAUCGCCCCACUUCCAAAGCCACCUCCUGGGGUAGGGUUGCUCCCCACGCCUGGUCAGAGCAGUCCUACAGAUGGAGCUGCUGCUCAAGCAGGAAAGAAGAUCCCCUCUCUCUUUGAAAUCAAGGUUCAACCUACUGUAGACUUGGCACACAAAAUUGGUCUGAGUGGAUCCAACUUCACUCAGAAUCAAGGUGAAGGUACCAAUCAGUUUAGUGGAGGGUCAGAGGAAACACAGAGUGGAGGUAUGGUGCCUUCAGGCCCCACCGCUCCUCCUAUUCCUCCAUCUGGGUCCCCUGGUCCUAUGGGUCUCCCCACAGGGCCACCCAUGCCACAGAGCCCCCCAGGACAGCACCCACCACACGGCUUUCCAAUGCCACCGCCAAUCCCACCUGGUCAACCGCCGCCUUUUCAUGGAAACCGACCAAACAUCAGCCCUCAGAUGAAUAUGCAGAGGCCUCCGUUUCCCCCAAUACCAGAUCUACAGAUGCUACAAAGCCUCUUCCCAUUUCCAUCAAUGGGUCAGAACCCAGUAGAGUUCUUCAGCAACUUUCUCCGAAACCAGACCAUAGGCCAACAAGGAGUGGACCCUGGUGUGGCCUUCAUACAGAACCUCCAGCAGCAGAUGGGUGCAGAGUCACAGUUGCAGUCUCUACCACCAGCAGUGCAGAAAGCCAUCUUUUUACACCUGACCCAACAGCAACAAGAGUCACAGCCACAGGGGAAUGAGCCACCGAGAGCAGAGGGCCAGGAUGAUAACAGUGCAAACAGAGAUGAAACUACAAACUGGUACUCCAGUGAUGAGGAGGAUGGGAGCUGUGUAUCCUCCAUCCUCAAAUCUCUGAAGAAACAGAGUGAGAUGCAGAGUAAGACCCCCCCGCCUGCCCCUGUGGCCGCAGCACUGGUUGACCCUCGGCUUGUGAAGGAGAGGGCUACACCCAGUGACCCGCGUGUGAAGACAGACCCCCGGCAGCGACCCCCUGAUAUGAAAAAGGAGUCAGAUGGAGGCACGGAUCCACGUCUCUCCAGGGACCCCAGGAAGUUGAGACCCAUGGAGCCGGGCUCCUAUCGCCAGCAGAGCCACCCGGUUCCUCAAAAGCCACCUACUGGAGAAGAGGAUGAGGAAGGAGAGAGGGAACUCAGGGACAGAGCUGCCCUCAUCCCUCUAGAUGCCAGCCCUGGUGUGGUGCUGCGGGAUCCACGUUGCCAGUUAAAGCAGUUUAGCCACAUACGGGUGGACAUUCUGCUGCAGCGGCCUUCCUUUGCUCAGACAGUGGUAUGGGCUCCUGAGGACCUCAUCCCUUCUUUGGUGCCCAAACAGGAACACUCCAUCAACUUGCCCCUCCCACCCCUGAUUGCUGAUGCUCAGAUGAACCGAACAAGUCUGCCUGACCUUCCCCCCGUCUCCAGCCCUCCACCGACUGACCCCAGACUGGCAGCUGCACGUUUGAAGGGUCGACUGCCAUCUGUAUCUCUGGAGUCUCGAUCCUCCACAGAGAGACCUAUAGAUCCACGCCAGCAAAAGACUUUAGAUCCCAGACUCAAGCGUACAGGAAGUCUGGACUCCAAGCUGCUGGGUCAGAAAGAGCCCUCUUCUGGGGGAGGAGUUGCUGACCCCAGGUUACAAAAGGCCAGUGCUGGCUCCUCUCCUCACGCUGCUCGAGCCAAGACAGAGCCUGAGAGGCUGCCGCCAUAUGCGCCUCGUUUGGCGUCAUCUGGUGGAGGGCUGGAGAGUCCCACUACAAUCCUUGGAGGCAUCAGUCUGUACGAUCCUCGUAAUCAAACCGAGCAGGCUCAGCAGGACCAGGUAGAGCCUCCUAAAAAAGUGGGGAUUCUGAAACAUCCUGUUAAGAAAGACAACACUCCACCACCAUCGCUCUCCCCAACUCAACGAAGUGGCUCUUUCGAGGAGACGAAAAGCACAGACAGCACCUCAGAUCAGCCUCCACCUUCCACUACACCCACAGUGCCUCCGGCAUCACCAGUCAAACCCCCUGCAGUGCAUAAUCUUCCCAUCCAGGCACUGGCAGGGCUGAUCCGACCCCAGUACGCUGACCCCAGGCAGGCCAAACUAGCAGGACAGGGCUCUACAGGAGCACAAGAAGAAGCAGAGGAAAAGAAGGAGCAGGAGCAGGAAGAAGAGGAAACCACAGUGGAGGAGCCAAAACAGGAGGAUCCAGAGGAGGAGGCAGAAGACAGGACACUCAAGGACGUGUUCAAGACUUUUGAUCCCACUGCUUCCCCUUUCUGUCAGUAAACACUCCAGUGUGUAGAAAAGCUGCAUAUGUUUUGUACAUUGAUGAGACAUGUCUAUUAAUCAUUAUUUAGCUUUACCUGAAUCUAUUUAUUUCUGUAUAUAAAUUCUGUUUAUAAAUGAUCAUGAAUAGAAUCACAUACUAUCCAGCGCAUUGUAAAUUUAGCAGUACAGAGAUGAUGCUGAAUAUGUGCGCAGACACAAUGUAUAGUUUCUUUCAACGUAAUCAUAUUAAUGCUGAAAUGUGUGUUUUGAAAGUGUGUGUGUGAAGGUUUUUUUGUCAAUGGUUUAUUUUCAUGUUCGUUGUAAACAAUCAAAAACAAUGAAUUAUCAUGUUACAGUUUUCAGUAUGGACUGACACAUACUGUAUGUUGUUUACUAACCUUAAUUGCAGGCAUUACACCCUGUAGAAUAGAUUAUUCAUUAAUUCGACAUACAGAGAGAUGAUAGUGAGUAAUCAAUUGAACAGCAAUUUUAAGAAUCCAUUGAGAAUUUUUGUAUUUACAUAUUUAUUUAAAGACACUUUUAUAUCAGUGCUUCUGCUCACUUUUAUGAAAAGGGAUUUUUUCACAGAUGUUUUCUUGAACAUUUGCAAUUUUUACCACACAUAUCCUGAUAUGAGUUAAUGAUGUUUCAACCUCCAACAUGAUUAGGUGAGAUGAUCAAUACAGAAUCCCUGCAGGUGUUGCUAACUAAAAGACAACUAUGUACAUGAGAAGUUUAUUCAUCUGCUCCUUGCCUGAAAUACACACAAUACUUAAUGUCCCUACAGUGUGCUUGCAAAAUUCUUUGUGCAAUAUGAGAUAGUCCCUUUCUUACCUGAGAAGCUACAUUGUGUCCUUUUGCAACAUUACAGUGUCUCAAUUAAGAUUUUUGUACUUUUUGUACUUUGUGCGAUUCUCUUAAGUGGCCUAAAUGCUUUGAGGAUGUAAGGUCAACUUGCUAACCCGGCACUUUAUGGAGUAAAUUAAUAUUGGUGACUUCAUUUGAUUUCUCGUUCCUCAAAACACUCAAUACUGACCAGCUUGUAAGUAGCACUUUUAACAUACUCCACUUGUUUUCAUACUAGAUCAUCCAAAUAAGAAAUGAAGAGGGAUUGAAAAUCUUGGUUACAUUGCAGGUAUGUUUUACAAAUAUGACCUUAAUGUUUUUUUUCAUUGUUGAGUUGACUGGAGUUUUUCAUUGUUGGAGUUGACUGUAAAUGAACUCAUAUUGGGCUAAUGUGUGCUACAAAGGGUGAAUGUUGUGAGAGUAAUGUGGGUUGAGUUAGUUUUAUUUGAUAGCUAUGUGUUUGAUAAUGUGAGCCUCCCUUGUUGGGCUGAAGCUAAGUCACGUACGUACCUUAUUGUUUUCAUAAUUCACAUUGUAAAUGCUUUUUUUAAAAAAAAGAAAAAUCAUGUGUACAGUGUGUUUUUGAGUGUUUUAAUGAAUAAUGCUUUAUUUUUUGUCUGUAUGGUGGUUAUGGUUGUCAAAUAAUGUAUGAUAUUUUACCAACACAUAUUCCCAUAACAUUUCAGUGGUUUUAAUAUAAAUAUCUUAAUAAAGAGAUAAAACAUCAACAAUUUUA